AUGAGAAUUAUUGUUCAACGUGUAUUAAGUGGUUCAGUUACUAAAGUUGAGAGUGGAGAGGUGGUUGGAAAGAUUGGUAAAGGGUUAUUGCUUUAUUUUGGAAUCAAUGAAGAAGAUAAAGAAAGUGAUAUUGAUGGUGCAGUGAAUAAAGUACUAAAGAUGAAAUUAUGGGAUAGCGAAGAUGGUAAGAGGUGGAGCAAAAGCGUAAUGGAUAUGGGGUAUGAAGUUCUUGUAGUUAGUCAAUUUACAUUAUAUGCUGUUUUGAAUGGAACAAAGCCAGAUUUUCAUAAGAGUAUGAGAGCAGAGAAAAGUCAUCCUUUUUAUGACUUAGUUGUUAAAAGAUUUAAAGAGUUAUAUGCAGAAGACAAAAUACAAAUAGGUGCGUUUGGUCAGUACAUGAAAAUUAGUACUGAAGUAGAUGGUCCAGUUAAUAUAAUUGUUGACUAUCCUAAAGAAACAGAGAAUAACCAGAAACAGCAAAAACAGUCUAAAGGUAAGAGUCAAGUUACAUCUGGAACAAAAAAAGUAAAUCCAAAGAAAAUUAGUCAAAAAGAAACAGAAAGUUGUUUGAAAGAAGAAAAGAAAUAA